AUGUCGGGUAAGCUCGACGUAGAGGGCGCGCCCGCCUUUUCGGACAACGACGACGUCUUUGCCGAAAAGCAGGCCGGCGUCGUCACCGCCGAGGCCGGUCGCUCCGUCGCAGGCUGGACCCUCUGGAUCGGCAUCCUCGGCAUCGCCCUUGUCGCCUACAUUGCCGGCCUCGACAACAACACCAUGUACGCGUGGCAGACGGCGGCGACGACCGAGUUCAACGACUUUGCCGCCUACACCGCCAUCGGCAUCGUACAGCAGGUCAUCAUCGCCGUCGGCAAGUUCCCGAUCGCCAAGAUUGCAGACGUCUUUGGACGCGCCCAAGCCUAUUCGGUCGCCCUCUUCUUCUGGAUCCUCGGCUUCAUUGUCAUCGCCGUCUCCCAGACCACCCGCGACGUGGCCGGCGGUACCGUCCUCUACGCCAUCGGCAACACCGGCGUGCAAAUCAUGCAGCAGAUUGUCAUCGCCGACUACAUCUCGACAAAGUGGCGCGGCGCCGCCAUCGGCCUCGUCAGCACCCCCUACAUCAUCAACUUUGCAAUCGCACCCAGGAUCGUCAACUCGAUCGCUCCCUUCGGCGACCUCAGCACCUGGAGGUGGGGGCCCGGCAUCUUUUGCAUCUGCGCCCCCGUCGCCGCCGCCCCCAUCAUCCUCGCCCUCGCCAUCAACCAGACCCGCGCAAAGAAGCGCGGACUCGUUCCCACGCACCCUUACAUGCGCAUGAUCGAGGACCGGCUGGUGGCCAACGGCGCCAACUCAAGGUUCUCGCCGGCCUACCUCAAGACACUCCUCUCGUGCACCGGCACCGUCGUCUACGAGCUGGGCAAGGACAUUGACGCCAUCGGCCUCUUCCUUGUCUGCGCCGGCUGGCUCCUCUUCCUCCUCCCGCUCAACCUGGCCAAGCUCCAGACCGACGGGUGGCAGACCAGCUGGAUCAUUGCCAUGCUCGUCAUCGGUGGCGUCCUAAUCAUCGCCUUUGGCUUCUGGGAGGUCUUUUUCUCCCCCAAGCCCCUCCUCCACCGGCGAUGGAGGCUCAACAAGGACGUCCACCUCGCCACCUGGAUCGGCUUCUUCGACUUCUUCAGCUUCUACCUCUCCUGGACCCCGGCCUACACGUGGAUCGUCAUUGUCAAGGACUUCAACACCACCGACGCCGGCUACUUUUCCAACACCCAGUCGCUCUGCCUGACCGUCUUUGGCAUUGCAGCCGGCUUCAUCUCGCUCGCCACCAAGCAGUACAAGUGGACCCUGUGCGGCGGAGCCCUGAUCCGCAUCCUGGGCAUCGGUCUCAUGAUCCGCUAUCGCGAUACGGUCUCGACCACCUUCCAGGUCGUCAUGCCCCAGGUGCUCCAGGGCCUCGGCGGCGGCAUCCUUGGCGUCACGCUCCAGGUCGCCGCCCAGGUCAGCGUGCGGCACCAAGACGUGGCCAUGGUCACCGCCUACGUCCUCCUUAUCACCGAGAUCGGAGGUGCCUGCGGUACCGCCGUCGUCGGCGCCAUCCAGACCAACGUCCUGCCCGGCUACCUCGACAGGUUCCUGCCCAUGCUCAGCGCCGCCGAGCGAGCAGCCAUCUUUGCCUCGCCCACAUCGUACCUGGCCACCUACCCGCUCGGCAGCCCCGUCCGCGACGGCAUCGUCGCUGCCUACAACCUCUACAUCCACAAGCUCCUCAUCGUCAGCAUCUGCCUCUCGGUGCCCCCCGUCCUCCUCUCCCUCGCCCUCACAAACUACCGACUCAACGACAAGCAGAACUGCGUCAGCGACGAGCUCGCAGGCAUGUCGAUCACCGCGCCCGCCUCGUCCAAGGCCAGCGACGAGAGCCACGACCGCGAUGACUAG